CGCAUUUUAGAUAGAGAUGAAAAAUGGGGGUUCGAUCGAUGCAAUGGAAUUCGCCGUCUCUUCCUAAUUUUGUUCUUCUCUCGUUACAGCUCGCCGGCUCGCCCCCAAGCGUUCCCUUUCGCGUCCUCGUCUUCUUCCAAGGUUCGCUCCUUUUUGUCGCUCUCGAUCUCUGUGCUGUCGAUCGCUUCGGGCCCUGGUGGUCUUUCGAGAAGUUCUGCGUGAUCGGUUAGCCUCGGAUUCAAGCGGGCCCUUUGAGUCGUUGAGAUGGUGGGAGAUUCGGCGUUUUGAGAAUCAACAACAAAUCGGGGAUCAGAUGGCGAGUGCUAGGCGAGGUGAAGCAGAUCCAUCUUUUGAUAUUGAACAAUUACUUGUGGAAGCACAACAUCGAUGGCUACGCCCUGCUGAAAUUUGUGAAAUACUUCAAAACCAUAGGCAAUUUCGUAUUGCACCGGAACCUCCAAAUAAACCUCCAAGUGGAUCCCUAUUUCUAUUUGAUCGAAAAGUGUUAAGGUACUUCAGGAAGGAUGGUCAUAACUGGAGAAAGAAAAAGGAUGAAAAGACUGUUAAAGAAGCUCAUGAGAGACUAAAAGUUGGAAGCGUUGAUAUGCUUCAUUGCUAUUAUGCUCAUGGUGAAGAGAACAAAAAAUUUCAAAGACGAAGUUAUUGGAUGUUGGAAGAUAAUCUCAUGCACAUUGUUCUCGUCCACUAUCGUGAAAUCAAGGAUAAACCAAGUCUCAGCCAUACAACAAGCCUCGGCCAUGCAAGAGACGCCGAAGAAGUGAUACACAAUUCUGCAACUUCCGACUCAACUAUAAGCCAGACGCAGCCUCUUUCACAAACCAUAGUUUGUGAUAGCCCCAGCAGCACCUCCCACACAUCAGAAUAUGAAGAUGCUGAAUCAGCAUAUCCGAAUUAUAAUUUGACACGGCAGAUAAUUAUCAAACAAGUUCCAGAUACCACCCUUUCACUGAGAUGUGGCGACAUGAUGAUUGACGAAUGAUGGCGUCGACAUUUUGAGCCCUUACAUUCCCUUCCCAACGUUGCCUAUGCUUGGGAUAUAGUGAGCCCAAGGCGCAGUUUGGUCCAACGACCUGGUUGAGGUUCUUGAAGAGUUUCAUGGGCCUCUAUCUCUUAUAGGUAAAAUAUAGGAUGGAACUUCUGCUGUAAGUCGCGACAGGUCUUAAGAUAGGUUCUAACGAUCAGUGGCAUAUAAAAUAAGGAGGGCCGUUGGAUAUUAAUCGCACGGCUGAGGCUCCACUAUCUUGAUCUCCUUCACUCUGGUCCACUCUAGAAAGCUCUGGUGAUCACUUUCUUUGCCGCCUUUAUUAAUACAGAAUCCAGCUGUGUUCUUCACUCUAGAAAGCUCUGGUCUUCGCGCCACCUUCUAUUUAUUCCCUGCUUCUUCCUCACGAAAGUGAAUCAGAACCAAGCCAUCUGACAAGACACCGAUGGCCGCCUCCGCCUUGCUCGUCGCCAGGAGAGCAGCAGCCGUCAACAAGCUCCGUCCCUUUGCGGUCGCUGCUCUUUCUCGCUCCUUCACUGCCUCGACCUCCGUCGCGCCGAGUCCAGGAACUGUGGAGAGCAGCGUCGCCGUCCCCCGCCGCCGCGAUGCGGCUCCGGUUCCCCGUCGUCAUCGGAGUGGGGACCUCUUCCCCACCUUGGGAGAUGCGUUAGAUCCUUUCAACCCGCGGCGGAGCCUAAUGGAUGUGUUCAAUAUGGUGGACCAGAUGUUGGAUUUCCCGUUCGGGGCUGGGAGGGGAACCGCCGGCGGAGCGUGGCGCGGGUGGGACGCCAGGGAGGACGACAAGGCGUUGUAUCUGAAGGUGGAAAUGCCGGGACUGGGAAAGGACGACGUGCAGUUGAUGGUAGAGAAUAACACUUUGGUGAUUCAAGGAGAGGCAGCGGAGGAGGAGGGAGAGGAAGGCGGCGAAGUGGAACAGGGGGGAGACGAAGGAAGGGAAAGGGGGAGGCGUAGGUACAGCAGUCGCAUCGAACUGCCGGAAAACGAGUACGAAUUAGGAGGAGUCAAGGCGGAGAUGAAGAACGGAGUGUUGCGAGUGGUAGUGCCGAAGAUGAAGCCGGAGGAGCGCAAGGACGUCCGCCAUGUACCCGUCGAGUGAGCGAGCGAGCGCUGCCGCCGCCGCUUAGUGGAUGUAAUUAUUCGCGCCUUGAGUCUGCUAUCUAUCGUCGUGUCGCAAGUGUUCGUGUGAUAUGAGUAAUAAAAUAAUGUGCAGUAGCUGCUUUUGGGAA